CCGCCGCCCGUUGGACUCAUCCAAGCAGCACAAGUCUCAGGCCCCAAGCCAGCCCCCACGCGGUGCGGCACCAUCGUCUGCUGCGGGGAGGAGGAAGAAGAACGCCAGGCUGGCGAGAGCAGCGAGCCCGAGGGAUGGCGCUGGAGCCUCUGCGCAUGGACAGAGCGCAGCCCGGGCAGGGUCCGUCCGGCGGCGGCGCCGCGGCAGCAGCAACAGGGCCGGGCCCGCGCGCUGCUGGGGGGCGCCUCUUGGUUGGAGGCUGGGCCGGCGAGAGGGCGGGCGCGGGCUGGGCCCCGCCUUGGGCUGCCGCGCCGCGUCCCCUCCUCGCGGGGCCGGCGGCAGCUCUCCAAAGAGGCGCCGGGGCCGGCUCCUGCGCACUGCUCACACCGCCGCCGGGAGGGCGCUGCGGGGCCGCCACCAGUGGCAGGCAGCGCGGACCCAGCAGCAGCAGCAGCAGCAGCAGCAGCCUCGCCGGCCGGCCGGCCGGCCUCUCCCUGCCCGCUCCCGUGCGCCCUGCUGGCCGGCGGCGGCGGCGUCUCCCGGCUGCCCGAUGGCCACGCGGCGCGCUCUCCGGCGGCCCGGCGCGGGCGGCCCUUCGUGACCCGGCGUGGGCUGCUGCUGCUCCUCCGCGGGGGCUGGCUGGCUGGCUGCCCCGCGGCGGCGGCCGCUCGCCGGCCCCCAAGAUGAUCCCCUAUUUCUCCGACGACGCCGUCAUCUCGCAGAACGCCAUCAACCAGCUCAUCAGCGAAAGUUUUCUCACGGUAAAAGGCGCGGCGCUCUUCCUGCCCCGUGGAAAUGGGUCGUCCGCCCCCCGGAUCAGCCACCGGCGCAACAAACACGCAGGGGACCUCCAGCAACACCUCCAGGCCAUGUUCUUGCUCCUCCGCCCAGAAGACAACAUCAGGCUGGCUGUAAGACUGGAAAGCACCUACCAGAACCACACACGAUACAUGGUGGUGGUCUCAACCAACGGGCGGCAGGACACCGAGGAGAGCAUCGUGCUGGGCAUGGAUUUCUCCUCCAACGACAGCAGCAUCUGUACGAUGGGGCUGGUCCUGCCGCUGUGGAGUGACGCCCUCAUUCAUCUGGACGGCGAUGGGGGCUUCAGCGUCUCAACCGACAACCGGGUGCACAUCUUCAAGCCAGUUUCCGUGCAGGCCAUGUGGUCGGCCCUGCAGAGUCUCCACAAGGCCUGCGAGGUGGCGCGGCUCAGCAACUACUACCCGGGAAGCCUCUUCCUCACCUGGGUCAGUUACUACGAGAGCCACAUCAACUCGGACCAGGCCUCGGUCAACGAGUGGAAUGCCAUGCAGGAUGUGCAGUCCCACCGGCCGGACUCCCCGGCCCUCUUCACGGACGUCCCCACGGAGCGCGAACGCACCGAGCGCCUGAUCAAGAGCAAGCUGAGGGAAAUCAUGAUGCAGAAGGACUUGGAGAACAUCACGUCCAAGGAGAUCCGGACAGAGCUGGAGAUGCAGAUGGCCUGCAAUCUGCGGGAGUUUAAGGAGUUCAUCGACAACGAGAUGAUAGUCAUCCUGGGCCAGAUGGACAGCCCCACACAGAUCUUUGACCACGUCUUUCUGGGCUCGGAGUGGAACGCCUCCAAUCUGGAAGACCUGCAGAACCGAGGCGUGCGGUACAUAUUGAAUGUCACCCGAGAGAUUGAUAACUUCUUCCCCGGGCUUUUCGAAUACCACAACAUCCGUGUUUACGACGAAGAGGCCACCGACCUGCUGGCUUACUGGAACGAUACCUACAAAUUCAUCUCCAAAGCCAAGAAGAACGGCUCCAAGUGCCUAGUUCACUGCAAAAUGGGGGUCAGCCGCUCGGCCUCCACGGUGAUCGCCUACGCCAUGAAGGAGUACGGCUGGAACCUGGACCGGGCCUACGACUACGUCAAGGAGCGCCGGACGGUCACCAAGCCCAACCCCAGUUUCAUGCGGCAGCUGGAAGAGUACCAGGGCAUCCUCCUGGCCAGUAAACAGCGGCAUAACAAGCUCUGGCGGUCGCACUCGGACAGCGACCUCUCAGACCACCACGAGCCCAUCGGCAAGUCCGGGAUGGAGGUCAGCAAGAAGGAGAUCACCACCUCUGCGGACCAGAUCUCGGAGAACAAGGUCUCCAACAGCCCCCACGCGCCAGUGUCUCCAGGAAUCCCCGCCGUGGAACCCCUGUGCCAUUCCUGCCCGAACGCCACUGAGGAAUUCUGCAUCCCGCAGUGGGGGAGCCGGCUGGAGCUGACCUCGAGGGACUUCCGUGCGGAGCAGAUUGAGGACACGCUGAACUUGAAUAACAUCAACGGCUGCCCCGCUGGUUGCUGCCUGGCUGAGGCGACCUUCCCCCUGGACAACUACCCCACUUCGGGUGCCUUACUUCAGCAGGAGGUAGCCUUGGGGGUGGCUGCCGAGUUCCCGGACUUGACGGUGGAGGACUUGGAGAAAGACGCCCUGAAGCAAGGGGGCGGGAGCGUCGACCUGGUCCCCAUGGAAGAGCUGGCCCCCUGCUUACAGGACCCUCCCCGGUCUCCAGGCCACAACUCUCCCAGCCCACUUUUGGGGCCCCAGUCCGAGCAUGCCGAUUUCGGCACCGACCGGAUCGACUUCUUCAGUGCCUUGGAGAAGUUUGUGGAGCUCUCUCAGGAGGGCAGGCCACGGGCGUGCUCCCACUCCAGAGCAGAGGACCAGGGAGGCGGGAGGAACGGGCUCUCCAAAGUUGCCACGCUGGAGUUGCUGCCCUCGGAGCCGGCAGAGGACGCGCUGCGGAGUCAUUCCACUGGCAGCUCCCCGCAGGCGGUGGAAAAAUCUCCGGUGGAGGGAGAGCAGCUGAAGCUCUCCGAACCGAACCACUCCAGUGGCCUGACCCGGUCCCACUCGGAGAACGCCAUCUCCGUGAAAGAGAUCAUCACGGAAAUCGAGUCCAUCCACCAGGGGGCAGCAGGGCCGGGGCUGGCGAAAGUGGACGGCUCGACCAACCCAGUCCUGACGCCCAAGAGGAACACGGUCCACGAGCUCCCAGCCGAGCCGGUCUGGGUGUGGGACGGCAAGGCUGGGAAAACCGAGCCAGGGGACGGAGCGGGCUUGGUCCUGAAGGAGCCGCCGAGACUGGACCAGGACGGUGCUUCGGCCUCACAGGGACCUCCCGGCAAACUGGAUGCGGAAGGAAGUGGCAGUGGGGGCGAGAGCCCGCCCGAGGCCCGCCCGAACCCAGGGCCCAAGUGGUGCCCGGGAUCUGUGCGGCGUGCCACCCUGGAGUUUGAGGAGCGGCUGAGGCAGGAGCAGGAGCUGCAGCACGCGGCCCCCGUGGCUGCCAUGCUCCCCGCCCGCAAGAACUCCAAGAACGAAUCGGCCACAGCCGACCCCUCUGCGAAGGGCAAGGAUGAAGAGCCGCCUCACGGGCAGGCCCCGCUCCGCAAGGAUAACGGGGCCUCGAGAGCAGAAGGUCCGGAGACUGAGGCUGGCUCGGAAUUGCCCGUCCCUCUGCCGCCAUCCCCGCUCCGGGACAGCCCGUUGGGGGAACCCCACACAGAUUCCGCAGGGCUGGCCAAGGAGUGCCGGACGGUGGUGGUUUCCGUGGAGAGUCACGAGGUCUCGGCUCCGUGCCUCCUGCCGAAGAGGAUUGAGAUCAUUGAAUACACCCACGCGGUCCGGGUGCCCGCCCUCCCCGGGAUGGAUUUGACAACGGCGGAGAGGAAUUGCGCACUUGAGGUGCCGGAGAAAGCCAAGAUGGCGGCGGCGGCGGCACCACUAUUGGUCGAUGAGAAUUGCAACAGCUCAGAGGACCCCUUUGAUCCCGUGGGAGUGUCGCCACUGCGGAGGCCAUCGGCGCUGGAGCCCGGAGACGUGAAGAAAGCCAUCUUCUGCUUGGGCAGCCCUGAGGAGGAGGCCGCUGGGGUGCUGGCCAGGCCGGGAGGCUCUCCGUCCUCCAGCCGGGUGAGAUGCUCGCCCCCGCAGCAUUCGGAUGGCCUUGAUCAGCAGCACUUUCUGGCCUUGGAGGGGGUCACUCAGGACAGCACAAGCACAGACUGCGAGCCAGCCCCCCUUGGGGGCUACGCUGGGAACGGACAGUUUGCCUUGGAGGAGAGGGGGAGCUCCCUACGCAGGAGGAGCGAGGGCGCUUUGACACACUGGAGCCAAGAGGGCUUCGACGUACCCGAUACGCCGGUUCUGCAGGCCCCCUCCGCCCCGCCCCUUGGCUGCAGCCUUCCGCACAGCUCCAGCAGCGACAGCAUCAAGGACUUGAGCCGGGGCGCCGGCUUGGUGAAACUGCGGGCGGAAGCAAUGGAGGCCCGGAUCCGCCAGUCGGGCCUCACCACGCCUUCCCAAAUGAAGCGCUCGGCAUCCUUAGCCAAGCUGGGCUGCCUGGACUUGUCGAAAGACGACUUGCCCGGCAGGGGCUCGCUCGCCUCGGACACCAGCCUGGCGUCUCUGGAGCCGCUUCGGCCCGCCGCGGAGUGUGGCUUCCGAGGCCCAGCUGGGACUCCCUGCCCCAUCCCCUUGUUGCCGGUCCUUCAAGCUCCCCAGCCCACCGAGCACGUGGUGGAACCACUCGAGAUCCCCGCGGAGUGCAUCGCCCUGAGCAAACCCGUGGCGAGGCCUCCGGCCCAGUACGCCAAAGAGUUCAGCCUGGCCCCCCCGCUGGCCCCGGGAGCGAAAUUGACUAGCAGCCAAGCAGCCGGACUGCUUCCAGCCCCGUGGCUGGCCGUGGUCCCUAGAUUCCAACAUGCUAGAACUCGACCGCCGAGGAGGCUGAAAAAGGCGAACGAGAGGAAACGUACCACCAAUCCACUGUACCAUACCAUGUGAUCUUCGGCCCCCGCUUCCCCCCACCCCACCCCCCACCCCAUUUUGCAACCUCCUCGUGGUGUUCUUCAAAUGGGGCAGAUGUAAUAUAUACUGAAACGUGCACUUUAUGGGUUGGUUUUAUAUGUUGGUCAUUUUUACUGUUCCUGCUGCAUGUUGGUUCCGAGGUGGCUGCUGUCUGCCCCCCCCCCCCCAUCCCCUGUGCGAGUGACUACAGGAUGGUGUCUUUGUUGUUUUCAUAUUAAAAGAAGACAAAAAACCUUUAACUCUAAUAAACCUCAACUUGUGUUUGCUUUGUUUUAAAAGAACACAACCCUUAAAAAAAAAAAAAAAAAACAAGCACAGCCGCUCCAAAUGGCUCUCUUUCAUCCUGCCAGACCUGCUCUUUUAUGACGGAGGAAACUGCUGCACAGAUUGUGGACAUUGCUGUAUGCCCAGCCCACAUCUUCUUCUGCCUGCACCAGUAGUCCCUGUAACAGGGAUUCCCAGAUGUUGUUGACUACAACACCCAUCAUCCCCUGCAGUAAUGGCCUUUGGCUGGGGAUGAUGGCUGUUGUAGUCAUCAUCAGCGUCUGGGAAUUCCUGUGAGAGGGGACACGAGUUGCAGAAUCUCAUACUCUGAAAGUGCCUGUCGGCAUCCAAAGAGAUCAAAAAUUGUAGUGCCAAAUUCUCCCCAUUCUAACUAGCUGCGGCAAAAUGAGCCUUGGGAGAUAACCUAUCGGAAACUCUGCUGAGGGAACAAAUCAUGGUGCAGGGGGGUCUACUGGGUGCUUCUUGGUCUGUUCCUCAGUUGGGCUGGGAUCCUGGCUUGCUUCGAAACGGGCAACAUAACUCCUCCUCCUUGGGGGCGCUCAGAGUUCGGCCACCUUCUAGCAAGCUAUGAUCCAAGUGAUUAAGCAGUCAGUCCAGGGGUUCCCAGCCUUGGGCCUCCAACUGUUGUUGGACUACAGCUCCCGUCACCCCCCACGCUUUGGCCAUUGCAGCAGGAAAUGAUGGGAAUUGUAAUGCAGCAACACCUGGUGAUUGAUGGUAAGGAACUCUUGUCUAACUGCUUAGGCAGAAUUUAGAAAAGGCCAUUUUAAGUGGGGUUGAAUUGGACAGGUUAUCAUUUCUUCAAUGACUGUAGCCAUAAGCAAAUUUUCCAGUUGUUAUCUAUGCCCUCUGGCAAGAGAACAUCUCCUAGUCUAAGGCCCGGUGUUUUCAAAAGCCUUAAAUACUACAGAUCGGCUCUGAGGCGGGCAAAGUACUUUGGGACAGGUUUCUGAUUCCAGCGGUAAGAAUCUGUCAGUCACAGAAUCAGCAUUUUGGCCAUCGUUUCUGAUUCCAGAGAUGUCUGUAAUGGAAUCAGCUGUUUUGGCAUGGGUUCUGAUUAUGUGGCUGAUAUAGUUAGCACAUUUCAGAGCCUCUCUGUACUAUUUGAGUUUUGCAAAAAUAAUAAUAAUAAUAAUAAUACAGCCCUAUAGUAGGAGAUGAACAACAGUGGGUAUAUAUGUAUAUAAUAUCAAUUUCAAAAUUUUCUUAUAGCUACUGUCAUUGGGGAAAGUGGUAACACGGCUGAUUCUGUUACACCUGGAAUUGCCCAGACGGCAUUUGGAGAGGUGGGUGCCGCAGAGCCAUGUGGCACUUGCACACAGAUUCUUCCAAAAUCCAGCUCCAGACAGAAGGUUCACUGGAAAACGCGCUUCUUACGGGGCUGCCAAAUGCAUUUGAGUCAUGUCAUUUCGACAAGGAGCUUGAAAAAUAGCCAUUUGGAGGGGCUGAUCCAAAGGGAAAAGUUGGGGGAGAUCUGAGAAGCAGGGUGUUCUCUUAAAACAAAUGUCCUUUUUAGGGUGUUGACCCUUUCAUUACUUGAAUAAAGCUAUGGGCCUUUCAGAAAUAUGGCCAUAUCAUCUGUGUGUCCCCCCCUUUUUUGACUGUGCAAACCACGUGUGCCCCCCCCCACCCUACAUCUUUGUGUUCCAGUCCAGUCUUUUGCCUUGGUCUUCUUGCUGUCACCCCCGCCGCCACUCCCUUCUUCAUGCAGAAAGGGGCUCUUCCUUCUGGCCUUCCCCUCCACCAGAUAAUAUUUUCCCCUGGAGCACAUUGUGCAUAACAGUGCUUUUGUAGAUAACUCCUCUGGGGGUUCUUGUCUAGCGUUCCUGUUCCCCCCUUUUUUUGUUUUUUAAGAGGAAAAGGGGGAGAAUUGGAAUCUCUCUGUCAACUGGAAAACUGACUCACCUGGCUAGGGCCCUCUCCGGGGUUAGCCGGGCAGUCUGCCUGGAAGAGGUUUGAACGUACCUCCCCAUCCUCCCAGCACUUGCCUUCCAUGAUCAAAACCAAAAGGCGGGAGGCCUCUUGCCAGCGUGGGCCAAAUAGAUACAUCUCCCUUCUUUUGGUCUGCGUGAGCAUCCUUUCCCAUCCCAUUGUCUACGGCAGGGGGUCCCCAGGUGGUGGUGUACUACAGCUCCCAUCAUCCCCUGCUGCAGUGGCCAAAGGCCUUGGGAGUUGUAGUCCAACCACAUCAGGGACCCAAGACUGGGGCCACCCCUCGCUCUGCAGUUUUAGGAAGGGCCUCUUUCGCUCUUGGUGCCUUCUUUUGUGGGCACGCUCUUCUUGGAAAUCAGGGUCUUGAGAGUUCUCCUUUCCCCUUCGGCUUGUGCUGAGUGCUGCAAAAAACCAUGCCUGAAGCCCCAUGAUUUCAUGAUGCCUGGUGGUGUGUGCUGGAUGCGUAGGAGCCGGUAGUGAGCGCCACUGUCAGCUUUGCCAGCAGGGAAGCCACCGGCGCUUCUGCACACAAGUUUUUCCCUUUUGCCUGUGAAUGAAUUCCAGGUUGGUUUUCGAUCUCUUGGGGGGCGGGAGUGCGUCUCCCCUCCCUCUAGGACCACCCUGUCUUUUCAGGAUUCUUUGUUCCUCUACCACUUCCUGCCUGUGUUGGGUCUUUGGGUCUUUUCUCGUGGCGUCUUGACCUCUGCAGUGAACUGCAGAUUUGUUCCCAUCUCGGAACAGAAAUGCUUUCCACCCUACUUGUUUCUGCAUCUUUGUAGGACACCAUCCAUGUGGUGGCUUCCUUCUUGUGAGGGCAGCACCAGAUUCUUUCCCCUCAUGGAUCCCAGAUGGGCUUGCAUUUCCAUAACUCUUGCAUGAAUGAGGAUCCACUUCGGGGCCAAUCCUGGCACCCCUAGGUGCCCACUUGAAGCCCAAAGAUGUGUCAGUGGCGGGCAGACAGAUGGUAGCUGUGGCUGUCCUCUUUGGGGUGGGGGUUCCUGUUCAUCUUUCGGGAUCCAGAGUUAAGCCUGAGGUCUCUUCUGGAAGCAAAAUCUGUGCCUUCUAACUUCAUUUCUGCCUUGCAGCUGGCCAUGUUUUGGGGGGUGGGGGGGAGGGCCAUCACCCUAAAUCACACCCCAAAUGCUGUUCCUAUUUAGCGGUAAUUCGGCAUUCCAAUUUGCGCUCGCUCCCAGAAGCAGCCACUGGGCACAGACCCCCAAGGCCUCCGUGAGCAUUUUCCAAGCACCUGAGCCUCAGAGGUCCAGAAGAACCCGGAGAACCCCCUGCAGAGUCAGGUCUUGACUUUCUCGUGUUUAUUUGCGAAAGCUGCACCACUGUUUAAAAGGGCCGCUGCUGUCCACCAAGGGCAUUUUCGUUCGUUAUCCACGUGCAGAGUGGCUCUUCUCUUGUAGUUCUGCUCAGAAAUGGGAUGCGCUUCACUUCUGCCUUGCAGCUGGCCUGUACAACCAUCUCAGCAGCCUGCUUCCCCCCCCCCCCCCGGCUCCAUUUCUGGCCCUGGCUUGAGUCUUGUCCCCAGAGAGCGAGGUGCGUUUGCAGGACAGGCCGCUGUCUCCUUGCAAGGCUGCCUGCGUGAACAAUUUGCGAUCACCUUGUGUCGCCGUGCGUUCUGCUGCCCUCAACAAUAUCCUCCUUCCUCUCCGCCCUUGGGUGUCAAAUGUUGCAAGACCUGCGCAUUUUCUCAGCUAAGCAACACAGCUAGCAAGUUCACAUCUCGAUUUGGGGAGGGGGGGGUUUUAAAUCGGGAGGAUGGUGCAUGCCUCUCUGAUUCCUGUGCCAAUCAAACUGCUUGAUGGUAGAUUCUUCUCCCCAAUUCCUCAAUGUUAAUGCCACUCACUUCUCCACAGCGAAAGGGGGUUAAAAAUGUAUGAAAAUCCAUUCUGAUAGUGGUAGAAUAUCUCCCUGUGUUUGCCUUGAAAACAGCUUUUUGCAUCGUUCAGGAAACGAGCUAUGGAGGAGGUGUGCUAGGGCAGGGCUGCACAACUUUGGCGCUCCAAGUGGUGUUGGACUGCAACUCCCGUCUUCCAUGACCAUUGGCUGCUGUGGUUGGGGGUGAUGGGAGAUGUAGUCUGCCAACAUUUGGAGAACCAAAGUUGUGCUGCUGGGUGCUUUCCCCUGUUCCUUGAUGUCUCCUGUGCUUGUGGUGAAUGAUGUUGUCUCAAACUCCCCAGGAGGUGAAUGUGGGAGAGGCAAUUCCCCGCACAGUUGGAACUUGCUUCCUGAGGGUUUGGGGCCUGCAAGUAGUAGCUCUUUGAUAUACUGAGAUAGAUACCCUGGUUUGGAACCCAGGAUAUUUCUGGAUGUGGAUCUUUUCAGCCUUUUUCCCAGGGUAUCUUGCACCCUUCUGUUCCAUCUAUCCUGUCAGGGAUUUGUGUGUUUCAGCAGAAUCUGGAAUCUUCUGGGGAUAACUGCAAAAUGUGGGGUGGGAAAGGGAAUGCUUUUUGCUUUCUUGACAUCUCCUCCCUGCCUUGCCUUUGCCUUUUGAUCUCCCAACAGUGGCUUUGUACCAUAGACUUUGACCGACAGGACGCUCGGGUGUUUUUAAAUGUGAACUCCCGCACUUGACCAGUGCGGCUUCAAUGUUCUUGUUACCAGAUGAAUAAAUUUUUAUUUUGAGAA